AUGAUUUUCCCUCCUGGAAAGUCUCCGCAUUCAAACAGCGGCGUUGUUUCAACAUCGCUGUUAAUCCUUCUUGACGAACUCAUCGCAGAAAUCCUUUCACGACUUCCUGUCAAAACUCUGAUGCAAAUGAAAUGCGUUUGCAAAUCAUUGAAAACCCUAAUUUCUCAUCCUUUCUUCGCCAAAUUGCACCUUCACCGAUCACCACGGAACACCCAUGUCUUACUAUCACCAAUCUGGUACGAUGCUGCCGGCAUUCAUAUUAUGGUCGUACCCAUUCCUGUAAGUCGUUGGCUCGAAAGUCCGUUUGAAUACUACGAACCUUACUCCUACCGACUGAGGUAUUUCGAUAUUCCCAAUGAUCCUUGUUACAUAUUGCGUAAUAUGGAUUGCAAUCACAUUGUUGGUUCUUGUAAUGGAUUGAUCUGCUUGGGUGGAGGUUCUAGGAGCUGGCCUAAGCAUUGGUUCCGUUUAUGGAACCCAGUCACGAACACAUUAUCUGAAAAAUUAGGUAACUUAACCAACUAUUUCAGGUUAACAUUCGGCUAUGAUAUUAUAAAUGACAUUUAUAAGGUGGUGGCAUUCUCUGCUAACACAGUGAAAGUUUUCAGUUUGAGGGAUAAUGUUUGGAGAGAUAUUCCAAGUUUUCCUAUUGUUCCGUUUGACAUUCAUCGUAUCCAUUGUCGUCGAUUGGUGGAUAACGGUGUGUAUGUGAGUGGUUCUAUUAACUGGUUGGCUAUUCGAGAUAAGACUGAAUAUGAAUGGAAUGAUAUUACUAUCAAACAAUUUGUGAUAGUCUCGCUUGAUUUGGCUACAGAGACAUAUCGGCAAUUGCUGCCACCUAGCGGUUUUGUUGAAGUACCACCUGUUGAACCGUCUGUUAGUGUGUUGAUGGAUUGUCUAUGUUUUUCUCACCGUUUUAGAGAAACCCAUUUUGUUAUAUGGAAGAUGAUGGAAUUUGGAGUUCAAGAGUCUUGGACUCAAUUCCUCAAAAUUAGUUUUCAAAAUCUUCAUAUUGAUUAUGGCAUUGGUGAUAGCCUUGCAUAUUAUGCUCAAUUGUUCUUGUUACCAUUAUGUGUUUCUGAGAGUAGCAACACACUGGUAAUGGCAAGCAAUCAACGAGGCCUCAUUCAUGGCUAUCACCGCCGACAUGCAAUUCUUUAUAAUUGGAGAGAUAAUAAAGUUGAACAAAUUGCAACUAGCAAACAAAUAUCAUGGUUUAAUACCAAUGAUUAUGUUGAAAGCUUGGUUUCAACCUCUUGA